AUGUUCAGGUGUCUCUUUGCAUCCGGUCAUCAGCACUCUACUUAUUUCUAUCCAGAGACCUUUCCCAGCUGUGUGCUGGAGGCUUCAACAGCGGAAGUAGAUGAGUACUACUCCCCCAAAGACUUCCAUGUGGGUCAAACGAUAAAGCUGAUGGGCCGUUGCUUCCUGCUUUAUGACUGUGAUGGAUUCACUAAAGAGUAUUACCAAAAAAACCAACCUGAUAUUGAGAUGAAACCCUCAGAGGGACCAAAAAAGACUGACCUGCUUCAGGAGAGAAAGGAGGUUCCUCCCUAUAAUGGAUUUGGUUCUCUUGAAACUCUCCAGAAUUGUUUGUCUUUAAUUCCUAAGACUCACAAAAAGAAUGUGCUAAAGAUGCUGGAAAACCAACACAAAGUGUUGCGCUACAGUGCCAGCCCGGACUCCCGGAAUCUCGCAAAUGAGGGCCGAUAUUUCAUUCUGUCCUAUUUCCUGUCAGAUGACAUGAUCAGUAUUUUUUUGAAGCACAUCCCCGGUAUCAUUGUUGGCCAGGUCCUGAAAAAGACACACAGGCCCAAACCAGUCACUACAGAGGACAAACUUGAGUUUUACUCCCCUGCAGACUUUAGAGCUAUUAGAGCCAAUGUGUAG